AUGAGUAAAAGAGAGCUGGAAAAUAAAGUAGAAGAACAACACAAACAUAUUUUAUUUUUAGAAAAGAAACUGAAAGAUGUUGUACGAGCUUACAAAAGCCUAGAGUCCGAAAAGAAUGCUUUACAAAACGUAGUGGAGUCUUUCAAAGGUUCCGAGAACGCAGAAGAGUCACCUCAUCCUCAAGGAGAAGCAGACGAAAGUACUUUGAAAGGUUUGAAGGAUUCUCUAGCCAUUUUGACCAAAGAGAAAAUUAGGCGUGAAAAUGCUUUGCAGCAAGACAAAAAACUCUUAUUACAAGAAAAUGAAAGCCUGAAAGAAAGGUUGAAGACGGCAGCUGAUGAUUCAGAAGUGCAAGCAGAGAAGUUAGAGAAAGUUAUCAAGGAAUUGACUCAAAAAAUCAGACGCAUCGAAAUGGGGCGCGAGAGUGAGCUUACAGACCAUGGUAACGUCCUUGCAGAAAUGCAACAGAGAUAUGCAAAGGAAAAAAUUUCUGCUGAAAAUGCUCAGAAGCAGCUGGUUGAAUUAUACAAAAAGUUACAAGAGAAAAGCGAUCUUCCCACUCAGUUCAAAACGAAAGAGAAAGAAUUACAGGAUAAAAUAUCUGAAAUGAAGAAGGAGAUUGAGGAAUGGAAGGCCAAAGCAGAACGUUCUCCUACAGUACAACUGUUACAAGACCAAAUGGCUAAUAUGAAGAUAGAACUGGAGAAAGAGCUCGAAGAGCGACUGAGUCUAGGCAAAAGCAGUUCCUCGUUGGAUAAACAAGUAAACAGUAGAAUAUGCGAAUUAGAAGAAGCCACCCAGAGAUUGACUGAACGUGUUGCCGAGUGCGAAAGAGAAAAAUAUGAAGCCUUAGACAAGUUGAAGAAAUCAAGUGAUGAAAGCAACGAGUUGAAGCUGCUUCUCCAAAAAGCGGAAGAAUUCAAACAGCAUAUAAAUGAGGAAGAUGCCACAAAACAGUUUGUUAUUCUGGGGAAUUCACUUCUGAAAGAUGGGAUAGAUAUAUUUGAUGUCCUAGAACCUAAUCCACGGUUCUUAGAAGCUAAGACGAAAUUGGAGAGAAUAACAGAUGAGUACGAGAAAUAUAAGCUGAAAGCUGAAGCUGUAUUGAAGUCGAAGACUUCUAAUGUGGAGGAGAAUGUCGACAACGGUCUGAGGACAUUAGUAAGUCAGUUACACGAUAAAAUAAAAAAUCUGGAAGUUGCUCAUGCUACUGAUCAAGCCCAAUACGAACUGACAACACGCAAUAUGCGAGAACGUAUUUCUGAAUUGGAGAGAAGUGAAGAAAUUUGUAGAAAUCAGAUGAAGAAAGAAAUGCAAGGCAAAAUUUCCGAAAUGGAAGCUGAAAUGCAGAAGCAACGGUCUCGAACUCUCGAGAUUCUGGCGGAGAAAGAGCAAGAACUCGAAGCAACGAAGUAA